GCGCACUUCCUGUAUGCGGUGAGUCAGUCUAGUCAUGAUGGUCUGUGUUUUCAUUCUGUGUGUGUUUAUAGUGUAGUGUAGUGCUUUUCAUUUACUGUAGUUUACUCAUCUGUCUGAUCAUCUGUCAUGAGUGAUGUUGUGAAGAAAACUCUCACAGCUCUGCCGGCUUUAUUUGACGCUCAAACCGGAGCCGCAAAAAUCACCAACGGAUUAAAACAACUUGUCAAGAGCAUCACUGAACUGACAUCUAAACAUGAGGAGGAGAACCUUAUUAAACAGGAGCUGUCUGCCAUUAAGGAGCAGGUGGCAUCACCCAACACCAGUAUGAACCAGAUGCGGGAGAUCAUGGUGAGAGCCAUGUAUUGUGAGAUGCUGGGUUACGACGCCUCAUUCACCUACAUUCAUGCCAUCAAACUGGCCCAACAGGGUGGCGUCAUGGAGAAGAGAGUGGGUUACCUUGCAGUUUCUCUCUUCCUUAGUGAGGGCCAUGAAUUAUUGCUGCUGCUUGUAAACACAGUAUUAAAGGAUCUUCAGAGCACGAACCUCAUUGAAGUGUGCAUGGCGUUGACUGUCGUAGCUCAGGUGUUGCCAAAAGACAUGAUACCUGCUGUGCUUCCUUUAGUGGAGGAGAAGCUGUCGCAUCCAAAGGAAAUCAUUCGGAGGAAAGCCGUCUUGGCGUUGUAUAAGUUCUACCUUAUUGCUCCGAAUCAAGUCCAACACAUUCACGGCCAGUUCCGGAAGGCGUUGUGUGACAAAGACCCUGGGGUCAUGACAUCAUCUUUACACAUUUACCAACAGCUAAUCAGGGAGAAUCCAGACGGCUAUAAGGACCUGACGAUCAGUUUUGUGACCAUCCUGAAGCAGGUUGUGGGGGGGAAGCUCCCGAUGGAUUUUAACUAUCAUAAUGUUCCUGCACCUUGGCUACAGAUCCAGCUGCUUAGAAUCCUGUCACUGCUUGGGAGAGACGAUCAGAGCACCAGUGAUCUGAUGUAUGACGUUUUAGACGAGUCUCUACGCAGAGCCGAAAUGAACCACAACAUCACUUACGCGAUUCUGUACGAGUGUGUGAAGACCACCUACACCAUAUGCCCCAAAGCAGACCUGUUAGAAAAAGCAGCACGUUGCAUUGGAAAUUUUGUCCUUUCUCCAAAGAUCAACCUUAAAUAUCUGGGUUUAAAAGCUUUGACGUAUGUCGUCCAGCACGAUGCUAAACUGGCCCUCCAACACCAGAUGACCAUUAUAGAGUGUCUGGAUCACUCAGAUUACACUAUAAAAAGAGAGACCCUGGAGCUGCUGUUCAGGAUCACAAACGCUCAGAAUGUGACGGUGAUCGUUGAGAAGAUGCUGGACUUCCUGCGCGUCUGUAAUGAUUACCACACCAUCAUCCAUCUGGUUGGAAAAGUUGCGGAGCUUGCUGAAAAAUUCGCACCAGAUAACUCGUGGUUCAUACAGACGAUGAAUGAUGUUUUUUCUAUCGGAGGAGAUCUUUCGCAAAAGGACAUCAUGAAUAACUUUCUACGACUGAUGGCAGAGGGAUCAGACUGUAAAGAGGAAGAUGAGCAGUUACGGCUACAUGCGGUCGACUCCUAUCUGUCCGUCCUAAAGGAAAACUGUUCUCACCUGCCACAAAACUUUCUGCAGGUCAUGAGCUGGGUUCUCGGGGAAUAUUCUCACCUCCAGGAGUCUGUGGAUCAGCGUGAGGUCGUCCAUCUUUUGAUGAAACUGCUGGAUCAGAAAAGCGUCAGCUGUGAGACGCGCGUCUGGGUUCUGUCCGCUCUGACCAAGCUCUCUAAAGAUCAGACGGACUUGAUUCUGGACCUGACUGAGAGUCUUACAUCUUCUCAGGACACAGUGCUUCGCCAGCAGGCCCAGGAGCUACGUCACCUCAGCCAGGACUCAGAACUCCAUGGGUGGGUUCUCCCUCGUGGAGCACCUUGGGACAGCGUGGAGGUGGACUCCUCUCUGUCGUUUUUGGAUGGCUUUGUGUCCGAGGCUUUGGCUGCGGGUGCCGCACCGUACAAACCCCCUCAUCAGAGACAAGAGGAGCUUUGCGAGGAGAGAGCUUUGAAUCUGGAGCCGUAUGGCUUUAAUAUUCCUGUGAGUUUAUCAUCAUGUAGCAUCACGGACAGACAGUCUCCCUCACUCAGUUCAGGACUGUCGGGCAACAGCGCUGAGCAAAAGGCAGGUUCCAGCACACUGAUUCUCGAGGGGGUGAAAAGAGUUUGGGGAAAGGAGGGUUAUCUUUCACAAAAAGACACAACAGGUGAGACAGCACAGGUGGAAGAGCCUGCUGCUGCUGUUCAGUCCUCCAGCCAGCAGGGGGCAGCAGAGAAAUCAGAGCCACAGCCUGAACCUUCACAGCAAAACCAAGGCAAACAGCAGCUGGCUUCCUCUUUAUUUGUUGGUUUGGGAGACCAAAGCUCCACGUCUUUGCUGGGAAAAUCCGAAGCCCAGCCUUCUCGCUUUAAAAGAAAGCCACGCCCACAUGCCUCCUCCUCAUCAUCGUCAGGCACCAGUGAGCAGUCUUCUGACUCCUCCCACUCCUUGCGCAGCAGGGCCGACGGCUUUCUUUACGGGAACCUGCUGGAGGAGGAGCCAGCCACGACUAUGUCCCAUUUCAACCGCACCCACAAAUCCGACAGUGAUGUCACAAAGCAUCAUCAUCAUCACAAACAAGUCAACGGCCUGGAGCAAAACAAAGAUACUGUUGUUGCAACAAACAGACCUGUAAAUACGUCUCAGAUAUUGGGCAGUGAUAUGGUUAUAGUGCGACCCAACACGACGCAAAACAAAUUUCCCACAGAUUUAACCAAACUCUUACCUGGUGACGUCAAGGGGCUACCUCGAUCUGAUGUCAUCAGUCUGACCUCUGACCUCAGCCUGUCUCUCUCCUCCUGUCGGGUGUUCAGAGAUGAAUCUUUGCUGCUUGUCAUCUUUAUUUCCAACUGCACGGACACUACAAUCGCAAAUGUUGCUGUACAGCUGAACUGUGAGGAGUUAGAGACGGCAAGUUUAAGAGGAAACGUUAUGGGCUUUCUGGAAGGCGGUAGCGUGUCUGUCUGUCAUUACGCUUUGGUGAUGAACGACCCUCAAACAAAUGUGUCCUUUACCGGCAACGUCUCGUACCAAACACAAGGACACACAAACACACUUGUGUUCUCCGGGACCCUGUCCACAGCCGACUUUAUCAGGCCGUUGGUUGUAACCACAGAGGAAUAUGGCAAACUGUGGCUGUCGUUGUCUCAUGACGUCAAGCAAAAUCUGAAACUGCUGACAGAUGCUGAUGACCCGCUUAGAUUGACCUUAAACGCUAUCAAAGAAACACUACAGCUUCAUGUUGUGGACAUCAUCGGCUCUGAGGGAAUUGUAGCCUGUCGCCUGCUCAGUGGCGCCCCCUGUCUGCUGCACUGCAGAGUCAAUGGUGCAGCUCUGGCCGUGUGGCUGCGAUCUCCUCUGCCUGCUCUACCUGACUGCAUUCUCUAUCACUGCCAGAAAGCACUAGCAGAACAUUAAAGUUACACACCUGAUUGAAAUACACAUGACCUCCAGGAUCUAGACCUUUCUUUCAAAAACGUAAACGUUUUUAGAGGUCUUGGCUGUGAUCAUGCAGUGAAUCUCUGCCCAAUCAUUCUAAUAAUAUAUAUUUUUAUAAUUGAGCUGCAUUGUGUCAAUCUUCCAUAUAGUAAAAAGUAUUUAUUGAUUUU